AUGUUGCACCGCAGUUGGCUCUACAUUUCGUUGUUCUCGGUAUUUGUGAUAAUUAUUUUGCUGUCACGCAUCCGACGCCAAUCGACGUUGAUCAUUGCCAGCGAUGAGCAACAUUUUAUUGCUGUGCUCAAUAGAAUAUUAAUACCACGUUGGCCGGGCAGCUCCGGACACACAAGAGUCCGGGAAUUCCUUGUGAAUCAGUUGAAUCAAUUGGGAUUUACAGUGUUUCAAGAUGCAAUCACAGAUCCCUUACCACUGACAAAUGUCUUGGGCAUAAGUAAUCCACUGGCAGAACGUUUUCUAUUGCUGAGUUGUCACUAUGACACGAAGUACUUGGAGUCUGGGGAGUUCUUUGUGAGUGCCACCGAUGCAGGUGUUUCCUGUGCCUUGCUCCUUAACAUGGCUAAGAAAUUGACUGCCUUGCCUGACAUCGAUCUCCUCAAGCGUCGGGAUGUUGGAUUGGUGCUGGCUUUCUUUGAUGGCCACGAUUCCGCAGAGGGAAUCAACGAUGCUACUUAUCCACUGUUUGGCUCCCAGAACUUUGUCGAUAACAAAAUCUUGCCAUUGGAGAGCAUAAAUGUGGUCAUAACUUUAAACAUGAUUGGCGCACCAAAUCAUAUUUAUAUGAGCAAGUAUGAGCGGACUUAUAUUUUGCAUGAGAUGAUGGCAAACAUUGAGCAGAAGCUGCGUCAAUCGGGACAGCUUAUCAAAUGUCCGCAGCUAUUCUAUAAGCUGAAGUCCCAUGAUACUGACAUGUAUGACGACCACUAUCCUUUCUUGAAUGCGAGUGUACCCGUGAUGCAUGUUGUUCCUCACACCUAUCCAGAUGUAUGGCUCCAGGAUGAUGACAAUAUUCAGAAUCUACAUUGGCCGAGUGUGCACAAUGUGAAUGCAAUUGUUACCCGUUUUGUUUACGAAUAUAUCCAAGGCUAUGAUGACAGUCUAUAGUCUAUUUCGAUAAUAAAAUUUAAAUUACUUUG